UCCCAACACUUACACUAAUUCGCAACAUUAUCAAUUAGAAAUCUGUGAAUGUUCAAUCUGAAUUCUGCGCACAAUGAUUAAGUGCGGUUCUUUUUUAAUCGCGCUGCUGCUUUGUCCAACAUUGUACCUAUGUUCAGCCGGCGACACAUUAUCAGUAACCUGCGAUGGCAAUUCACAACAGACGUACUUUAAGGUAAACACCAAGUACUACUUUAUAUGGCACACAAAUGUAUCCUGGUUUAACGCAAUCCACAUUUGCCGAAGGCUGGGCGGAGAUUUGGCCUUGAUCGAAUCGGCCUCGGAGAUGCAGAGUAUUUCGAAUUAUCUGAUCAGCCAGGGUUAUGGAAACACCUGGCUAUGGACAUCCGGCAACGAUCUGGUCCAAAACCGUAAAUUCUUAUCAGUAACAAGCGGAAUGCCAUUGCCCUACACUGAAUGGUCCGGCGGACAGCCUGAUAAUGCCGGUGGCAAUGAACAUUGCGUCCAUUUGUGGUUACGGAACAAUUCUUUUCGAAUGAACGACUGGAUAUGCAGCAGUCCAGCCCAGGUUUUAUGCCAAAGUCAAAAUCAUUCGCGUUGCAUUGAUGAUUAUAAUUAAGUUGAUUUCGGCUAUUAUCUACUUGAAAGUUUGUCAAAAAUUAGUACAGGCGUAUACUUGAUAUUUAGCUGAAAAGAAAAUAUUUAAGAAAUUAAAGAAAAAUAAUUGAACAUGUUUCAAUAAAACUUGAAUGCUGCUGUAAUAUCAAGACUAUCAAAGUCAAGACCAAAAAGGUUAAAGUCAGAUGUUAAGUACCAAAUUAGAACGGCAGAGUA